AUGCUGACUCCACGGCAAACCUCAAUCGCAAUAUCAAGUACUAACAAACAUGCCAGCUUCUGCGCAACGCACACGCAAUGUUCUCCCCAGGCGAAACAAACCUACGUACUCCACCGCGAUAUCCUCCACGCCCUCAUCAUGCCCGUCGUAACCCUCUUCUCCCGCGCAUCCACACUGGCCUCGGCCGCACUAUGCACACAACGCGCCUCUGAUCUCGAACUCGCCUUCUCGGGCGAAUCCCGCAGCGCAUUUAUCGGCCUGCAGUGCUUCAUAACCGAAGAAUCAGACUGGUGCCGCACCCGGGGCUGCCCAGCCUGCGUCGUAACAGCAACCCUCAGCACCGAUAGCCACAUCCGCCUGACCAUUGCCGCAAGUCUGCUUAGCACAGCAAACAUCGCGACGCCGACGCAAGAAGAACCGCCAAAGCACAUCGAAGACAGAACACUGCCUCCCCUCCCCCACAUCCUCCCCGCGCUCCAACACGCAGUCAUAAACGACCCGUUCUGGGAAGGCUCGGAGAUUUGGGGCUACAUCCUCUCGCGCGCAACACAACUCUCCGCUGGUAUCCAGGCCCUCAUCGCUGAAUGCGUGAACCUCGAGUCCCUCGUUUCUUCGCCUACGACCGAACGCCCCGGCUCGAAGCGUGGAUUGACACAUCCUACGGUGCCUUUUGUGGUAUCCGGACAAGCGGUGCAGGAGAAGGGCGUCAAGCUUAGGAAGAGCAAGCUGGCAAAGCGACAACUCAGGCUGCGCGAUGAGGAAGUGGAGCUCAUGCGCAGAGUAGCCAUGCAGUGCUGGGCGAAAGCUCAGGUACCCAAGCAUGUCAGGGGAGAAGUACUAGGCUUGGGCGACAGCAAGAGGACGAGGAGUCUGACCUGCCCGUAA